CGGCCCCGAAGCUUCCGGGGGCCACUUCCUCCUUUGUCUCCUAGCUACGGCUGGUAGCGUUGUUGACAUCCCGGGAGUCUCUGCCGCCGGCCUGAGCCCAGAGUUUCGCGGCCUCCGCGAUGGCAGAAGUGGAAGAAACCUUAAAGAGGAUCCAGAGCCAUAAAGGGGUUAUUGGAACUAUGGUUGUAAAUGCAGAAGGUAUUCCCAUCCGAACAACCUUGGACAACUCAACAACUGUUCAAUAUGCAGGCCUUCUUCAUCACCUGACAAUGAAAGCCAAAAGCACAGUUCGUGAUAUUGAUCCUCAGAACGACCUGACUUUUCUUAGGAUCAGAUCAAAGAAACAUGAAAUCAUGGUAGCUCCAGAUAAGGAAUAUCUUCUGAUCGUCAUUCAGAAUCCAUGUGAAUAGACCUGCGAUGGCCAAGGCUGUCUAAGCGACACUGGGUUAGAAACACUUGGCUCUCUCGUGAUUAUUAAAAUUCUAUUUCAAUCUAACUGACCCUUCAAACAUUCUUUUCUAUUUCUACAUCUAAACUGUUCUGCAUGUCUCAUUUAGUCCCUUUUGAUUAUAUUGUGAAGUUGUACUUUAGUGAUACAAUAAAUGAAUUCUGGUA